AUGGCUCGACUAGUGCUAGCUACGUGCGCCCUAGGGCUCCUCGUCUGCGCCCACGCCUACCCAGGGUACGGCGGGGGUAGCAAUGGAGGCGGUGGUUACGGAGGUGGUGGCGGAGGCGGCGGAGGUGGCGGUUUUGGAGGCAGCAGUGGUGGCGGCGGUGGUCUCGGAGGCGGCCAUGGUGGCGGCGGCGGAUUAGGAGGCGGCCAUGGUGGCGGCGGCGGAUUAGGAGGCAGUGGCGGCUACGGCGGCAGCAACGGCGGUGGCCAGGGUGGAUCCGGCGGAUUCGGAGGCGGAAACGGCGGUGGUGGCGGCGGCGGCUUAGGCGGUGGCCACAGCGGUUCCGGCGGAUUCGGAGGCGGAAACAACGGCGGUGGUCACGGAGGCGGUGGAAAUGGGGGCAGCGGCGGCUACGGUGGUGCCAGUGCUAAGGCUAGCGCCAGUGCUAGUGCCAGCUCCAGUGCUGGUGGCGGCGGCGGAUACAAGAGCGGCGGAUACGGGUAA